AUGGCAAAAAUCCAUCCCCAAGUCCCACAUGCUUCUCUGGUCCCCGUUCCUUUCACGUCCAACCGAGAAACUUUCACGAUUUGGAUGAAAUCUCUGAUACUGAGCAGCAAAGGCUGCACUGUAUUUGAUUCAAACGGCCAGAUUGUUUACCGUGUCGAUAACUACAAUUGCAAGUGCAGCGAUGAAGUUCACCUCAUGGAUUUAACCGGCAAAGUGUUAUUCACCAUGCGGAGAAAGAAAUUUAAGCUCGUUAGGUUCUGGGAAGGGUAUAGAUCAUCCGAUGGAACAGUUAACGAUGAAGAUAAAAAGCCAGCUUUUCGAGUUAGAAAAAGCUUCGGGAUAUUAGGAGGGGACUCGCUCUGUGAAGUUGCUGUUUGGUUAGAUGAAGAUCAACAAUGUCAUUAUUAUCAGAUUGAAAGCUGCGCAGGCAAGUCUUCAACAUUCAAGAUUGUAGACAAAUUUGGGCGCCUUAUUGCUGAGGUGAAGAGAAAGCAAUCAAAAUGUGGAAUUAGUUUAGGAGAAGAUGUUUUAGCAAUGGUGGUGGAGCCCCAUAUUGACCAUUCCCUCAUCAUGGGCCUUAUUGUAGUGUAUAGUCUUAUCAACUGUAAAAUGUGA